CAGGGCAAGAACCCUAACGAUUUCAGACUCUCUCAGUCGACCGCGAGACCUUGUGCUUCAGAUUUCCUCUCUUGUAGCCAUGUCGACUGCGAAAGCUGUGAAGGAUGUCUCACCUCACGAGUUCGUCAAAGCAUACUCUGCACAUCUUAAACGCUCCGGAAAGAUUGAGCUACCCCAUUGGGUUGAUAUUGUGAAGACUGGCACUUUCAAGGAACUAGCUCCUUAUGACCCAGAUUGGUACUAUAUUAGAGCCGCUUCCAUGGCAAGGAAGAUUUACCUGAGGCAGGGACUUGGUGUUGGUGCCUUCAGAAGGAUUUAUGGUGGAAGCAAGAGAAAUGGAAGUCGCCCACCACACUUUUGCAAGAGCAGUGGAUCGGUUGCUCGUCACAUCCUUCAACAACUGCAGAAGAUCAACAUUGUUGAUGUUGAUGCCAAGGGUGGGAGGAAAAUCACAUCCAGUGGACAAAGGGAUCUUGAUCAAGUUGCAGGGAGGAUUGUAGUAGUUGCUGAGUAAUAUGGAGUGCUCUUCGGACAAUGCCAUGCUUGAGUUUUAGGGUUUAUCUUGCUUGGGAGAUGUAGUAGUUGAUUUUUAAUUAUUUGCUUUGGUUUUUCAUUGAACUUAUUGUCUCAUUUCCUUUUAUUGCUAAAAAGAAUAUAAUUGACAAUGCUUUUUGCUCACUUUUGAGAUUAUUGGGUUAUUGUUGUUGCCAUUUCUCUUU